GGGCUCUUGGGGGGCCUGGCUCAGAGACAUCGGGUGGACGUAGGCCUCCCCAACACCAAUGAGCUCCCCCUCCCAUACCCCUAAUCCAUCCCCUACCCAGUCCCCCUCCCAGUCUCGUUCCAAUAACAUUGUUACCUCUUCCAACCAGCAGCCCCACUCUGGCUCCCGGGACCCGGCCCCUUCCCCAUCCCCCCCCCGGGGGUCUUCCUCUCGGCCCCCCUCUCAUACUCCCACCCCAAACGCCUCACAACCCUCUUCCCGAGCUUCCUCCCUGACCCCUAGCCCUCAUACCCAACAUGUGCCUCGAGGGUCUGCCCAAACCCCCACUCCACCCACCUCCAAAUCUCCCUCCCAAUCUGGCUUGAAAACCCUCUCUAGAAACUCUUCCCAAACCCCCGCUGUGCCUGUUGCCAGGUCCCCCUUCCAGAGCCCUGCCACCUCAGCCUCCUACAUCGGGCCAGUUUGGAGCAUCCCGUCCUACAUCGCCCCCUACGUGCCCCGCUUCCUGAAGGAGCCCCCCUUUUUCCAGCCCCCUACAGCACCGCUUCCCCUAAACCAGUGCUGCCCCUGCCCCUGCCCCUCCCCCGUUCGCGAGCGCCCCCCGCCCCCCGAGUCGCUCUACUUCCCUCUCCUGCCCCCCCCUCCCGUCCACCCCGGGGGCAGCUGCUCCUACCCGACGCCCCCCGCCCUGUUCACGCCGCCUUCCUCGCUCUCCUACUGCCCACCCACCGAGGUCCUGGUGAGCGGAAAGCCGCACGUGGUGCCCACCGUGCUGCCGGCCACCUUCUACACUCCCUUCUCCCGCUACUUCGCCCAGCCCCGCCCGUACCGGUCCCCGCCCCGCCGCCGCCCCAGCGUCCUCCCCUCGCCCCCCCACGCGCAAUACGAUGGCGCGGGCCGCUCUGUCCACUUCUUUCGUGGGUCCUAGGCCUCAG